GACAGAAGAGGCGGGAGAAGGCGUUCCGAUGGAUCAAGGGUGUCGCCGUUGUGGCUCCCAUUCGAAGGCGACGGCGGUCGUCUGUAUAUUUCGGUUCAAAUCUCUCCAGAAAACAGAAAUUGCUUUCUAAUAGGCGCUGAUUUUGCGGCCCUUUCGCGCGUGGCUUCUCUGUCGGUCUUCUCGGUCGAGCUUCGCGCAGCGCUCCUGGAAUGUCGGGGUGUGCGGAGAAUUUGAAUUAGCUCGCCAUUAGUUUUGAAGAAAGAGUGAGUCGGGGCAGAGACGGAGAGGAGCCAUUUUGUCCUGACUGUGUGGGAGAAAAGAAAAGAGUGGAAAAGAGGAAUCACAUCGGAGGAUAUCUUACUUUCGACUUUUGUUCUCAUGUUAUAAAAGGAAGACUCGGCGGGGCUUGGGAAAUUGAACUCUCGGACACGUCAGCUGGCACGUUAUUUGGGUGGUAUAUAGCCAACUAGCUUGCCAAGCUAAUCAACAAAUCCCAGAUUGUGACCCGUUAACAGUCAGGAGGAGUGGAGCAAGUCGGUCAGGUUGGCCAAGGAGCUGGCUUUAGACUCUACGCGGGCGUGCUACUAGUUUAUCCCACUUUGUUUUUUCUGGGUUGAACAUACUGGUUUUCGAUGGCGAAGAAGACGUACGACUUGCUGUUCAAGCUGCUGCUGAUCGGAGACUCGGGCGUGGGAAAGACCUGUGUGCUGUUCCGCUUCUCUGACGACGCUUUCAACACAACCUUCAUCUCUACCAUAGGAAUAGAUUUCAAAAUCAAAACUGUGGAGUUGCAAGGAAAGAAGAUCAAACUACAGAUCUGGGACACAGCGGGCCAGGAACGGUUCCACACCAUCACCACAUCCUACUACAGAGGAGCCAUGGGCAUCAUGCUGGUCUAUGACAUCUCCAACACCAAGAGCUUUGAAAACAUCAGCAAAUGGUUGCGUAACAUCGACGAGCAUGCAAAUGAGGAUGUAGAGAGAAUGCUGCUAGGCAACAAGUGUGACAUGGAGGACAAGAGGGUCGUACCAAAAGCCAAGGGAGAGCAGAUUGCGAGGGAGCACGGGAUUAGGUUUUUUGAGACGAGCGCCAAGGCCAACAUCAACAUCGAGAAAGCUUUCCUCACGUUAGCAGAAGACAUUCUCAAAAAGACGCCCGUAAAAGAGCCCAACAGUGAAAACGUGGACAUCAGCACCGGGGGCGGAGUCACAGGCUGGAAGAGCAAGUGCUGCAGCUGAACGCCACACGCAAACACACGUCUCCCUCUAACUGCUAACUGUCUCGCCCUCUAACCCGUCUCAUGAGUUUUCUUGAACACUGACGCCCCCCCGUGUACCUGACCAGAAUAAACCAAUAAGCCACUUCACUCAUCCUAACUCCUCCCCCUUUUCACUCUGCAUCCAAUCAUUUUUAUUUCUGAUAAAAAGAGGAAUCCAGUCACGUUUCUUGUCUUUUCUUUUAAAGGUUGUUGACGAUAAAAGUGUGAAAGAGCUCAUUUUAACUAAAAAGAUCCCCCCCACCACCCACCCACGGCGUUCCCCCCUUCAGUCCCAGGAAUCUGCGAAUCAGCAAAGUAGGAAGAAUAUUUUGUACACUCAGUGAGGGGUUCUUCUUUAUUGGAUCAUUUGUAACCAAGCAGCAGAGGCGUGGCCGGCUCCUUUUCUACGUGGGCGUUAUUUUGUCCUGUGCCUUAAAAGGAAGACAGGGGCGGGGCUGUGCAGUGGGUGGAGCUACACCCACCAAAUGAAAUUACUAUAAUAUUUCGUCACAAAGAAGCUGACUGAAGCUAAAGUGUUUGAAUUUCUUCUCCAGCUAAGAGAACCGCGUUCUACAGUAUGUCCUGUUUAUCAAUGUUUUCUUUUACUUUUUGUCUGUGUGGUUUCUUUCACUUUUCUUUUUUUUUUUUUUAACCCCCACCUACUUUGGUUAAAGUUUUGUGCAUGCCGAUAUUUUCUCUUUUUAAAGGAGGAAGCGUUUCUGUAUGGUGUCUAACUGGGUGGGAGGUGCACACGGUCUCUUUGGAAAUUCAAACAAUUUUGCAGAUCCAUUAAAAAAAGGCUUGUUUAAGUUAA